GUCGCACCCAGCUGCAAAUCUAGUCCCCUCAAUCAUUCCCCACUCCUGGGAUCGGUUGGUGGUGCUCUAUGAGCUCAGAUCAAGUGUGGCUAUUGUCCUGAUGAUGAAGAAGAGGCAGUAAUUGGCUGGCAAGAAAAACUCUUCAGCCAGCGCUGUCAGAAAGUGACCAGCUCAGAGCAGGAGGUGCCAUCCUUCCUGGCAGAGAGGAUGGCCAAUUUAAGGAGAAGAAGACAGGACCUCAGACCAACGGAAGGAAGUGUUUUGAAGUCCCGCAUCAUCACCUGGAAGCCCUCAGAAGAAUUUAUUAAGAAUAACCAUGUCAUCAACACCCCUGUUCAGACCAUGUAUAUCAUGGGAGACUUGGGACCAUAUGGGAUGCUCGGCCACAGGGAGUAUGAACGUGUACUUUGCACAGUCAAGGUGGAUGGCAAUGGGGUGAUCACAGUGAAACCUGAUUUCACGAGCACUAAAGGUGCUUACAGGAUUGAGCUGGAUGGUGAGAAGCGGGAGCUGUGGAGGUACACCGUUGAGAAUGCCUCAGCCCAGGUGCAACAAGAGGAGGAGGAGCGGGAGCAACGCAUGUUCAGAGAUUUGUAUAGUCGGCACAAGGAAUAUCUCAACAGCCUUGUUGGCUCAGACUUUGAGAUGACUCUCCCUGGUGCACUUCGGCUAUUUGUGAAUGGAGAGAUAGUUUCAGCCCAGGGCUACGGGUAUGACCAUCUCUAUGUUCAUUUCUUCCUGGAGCUGCCCAGCCGUUGGUCGAGCCCAGCAUUCCAGCAGCUCUCUGGGGUGACGCAGACCUGUGCCACCAAGAUCCUGGGCAGGGACAAUGUGGCAUACUUCUCCUACCCCUUUACUCUGGAGAUGUUUUUCACCCAAGAGGAUGAGUCAGAAGGCUCUGUCCCACAGUGGCCUGUGAUCUAUUUUGAGGUUCUCUCGCUGGAUUAUUGGCAGAGGUAUCGUGUUGAAGGUUAUGGCUCUGUGGUGCUGCCAGCAGCUCCAGGGUUCCACACCCUGACAGCCCCCACCUGGCGACCCACUGAGCUAGGGACGGUCUCUGAGCUGAGGAGGUUUUUCAUUGGUGGGUCCCCUGAACUGGAGGACAUGACCUACGUCAGGGUGCCAGGAAUCUUCAAGGGAGAGUGCCUGAGCCGCUUUGGUUUCCGCACAGAGACAACAGGGAGCGUCACGUUCCGGCUCCACUGCCUGCAGCAGUCCAAAGCCUUCCUGGAGUCCAGUGCCCUGAGGAAGCGCAUGCAGAGUGUGCUGGACCGGCUCGGGGGCUUCAGCCAGCAGAACUCUCUCUACAGCGUCCUGGAGGCAUUCCAGAGAGCACGGCGCCGGAUGCAGGAAGCACGGGAGAGCCUCCCUCAGGACCUGAUCAGCACCUCUGCCUCCACCGUGCAGCAGCCAUGAGCAUUGUGCUCCCAGCGGCUCUGCUGGCACUGGGCCUGGCUGGGCACAGCAGCCUCUCUUCUAAAGACACCUUGUGCAGCAAGAGUUUCACC